AUCUUUCAUGGAACAACCAACACUACUUUCUUUGUCUUCUUCGUUCACAUGUGAUUGGACUUAUGAUGUUUUUCUCAGCUUUAGAGGCACUGAUACUCGAAACAACUUCACCGGCAAUCUUUAUAAUUCUCUACAGCAUCAAAGAGGUAUACAAACUUUCAUUGAUGACGAGGAAAUUCAAAAAGGAGAACAAAUCAAAGCUACUCUUCUUCAAGCAAUCAAAGAAUCAAGAAUUUUCAUUGCUAUUAUCUCCCCUAACUAUGCAUCUUCAACGUUUUGUUUGACCGAACUUGUUACCAUCCUUGAGUGCUGUAAAUCACAAGGAAGGUUGUUUUUACCGGUUUUUUAUGAUGUGAAUCCAUCCCAGAUUAGAAACAUAACUGAUACUUAUGCUGAAGCUUUUGCAAAACAUGAGGUGAGGUUUGGAGAUGAGAAGGAAAAGGUGCAGAAAUGGAGGGAUGCUUUACAUCAAGCUGCUAAUAUGUCUGGAUGGCAUUUCAAACCGGGGUCUGAAUCAGAAUAUAAAUUUAUUGAAAAGAUAGUUGAAGAGGUCUCAAUAAAGAUCAACCGCAUUCCUUUGCAUGUUGCAAACAAACCAGUUGGAUUGGAGUCUCGAGUGUUAGAAGUAACAUCUCUCCUUGGACUUGAAUCUGAUGAGAGUGUCAACAUGGUAGGAAUUUAUGGAAUCGGUGGAAUAGGAAAAUCAACAACUGCUCGUGCUGUGCAUAACUUGAUUGCAGAUCAAUUUGAAGGUGUGUGUUAUCUGGCUGACAUAAGAGAGAGGUCGACUAAUCAUGAUCUUGCACAACUCCAAGAAACACUACUUUCUGAAAUACUCGGGGAAAAGGAUAUAAAAGUGGGAGAUGUACACAAAGGAAUUUCAAUAAUUAAAAGAAGGCUCCAAAGAAAGAAAGUCCUUUUGAUUCUUGAUAAUGUUAACAAAGAGAAGCAGUUACAGGUACUCGCAGGAGGACAUGAUUGGUUUGGCUUCGGCAGCAAGAUCAUAAUCACUACAAGGGACAAGCAUUUGCUGGCUACUCAUGGAAUUGUGAAAUUAUAUGAGGUUAAACAACUAGAAGAUGAAAAGGCUCUUGAUUUAUUUAGUUGGCAUGCAUUUGAAAAUAAUUUUUUUGAUCCAGGUUAUGUAGAUAUUGCAAAACAUGCAGUGUCUUAUUGUCACGGUCUUCCCUUGGCUUUGGAGGUGAUAGGUUCUCAAUUGUUUGGAAAAAGUUUAUCUGUAUGGAAAUCCUCAUUAGAUAAAUAUGAAAGAGUCAUUCGUAAAGACAUCCAUGAAAUUCUGAAAGUUAGCUAUGAUGAUUUGGAAGAAAAUGAGAAGGGUAUUUUUUUAGACCUAGCCUGUUUCUUUAAUUCUUAUGAAAUAUGCUAUGUCAAAGAAAUACUAUACUUACAUGGUUUUCAUGUGGAAGAUGGCAUACAAGAGCUAACUGACAAGUGUCUCAUGAAAAUUGAUGUCAAUGGUCGUGUGAGAAUGCAUGACUUGAUUCAAGACAUGGGCAGAGAAAUUGUGAGGCAGGAAUCAACAUUGGAGCCUGGAAGACGCAGUAGAUUAUGGUUUAGUGAUGACAUUGUUCAUGUUUUGGAAGAAAACAAGGGGACUGAUACAAUUGAAGUCAUAAUUGCUUGCUUGCGCAAAGGCAGAAAAGUGAAAUGGUGUGGAAAUGCCUUCGGGAAGAUGAAGAACUUGAGAAUUCUUAUAAUUAGAAAUGCACAAUUUUCCAUAGGUCCUCAAAUUUUUCCAAAUAGUUUGAGAGUUCUUGAUUGGAGUGGAUAUGAAUCAUCCUCUUUACCAUCCGGUUUUAAUGCCAAGAAUCUUAUAAUACUGAAUCUUCCUGAAAGUCGCCUUAGAUGUUUCGAAUCACUCAAGGUUUUUGAGAAGUUAAACUUUCUAGAUUUUGAAGGUUGCAAGUUCCUAACUGAAAUACCUAGUUUAUCUAGAUUACCAAAUUUAGGGGCACUGUGUCUUGAUUAUUGCACUAGUUUAAUUAGAAUCCAUGACUCAGUUGGGUUUCUUGACAGACUUGUGUUAUUAAGUGCUCAAGGGUGCACCCAACUAGAAAGUUUGGUUCCUUCCAUCAACUUGCCAUCUUUAGAGACUUUAGAUCUAAGGGGUUGCUCAUGUCUUGUGAGCUUUCCCGAAGUAGUAGGAGUGAUGGAGAAUAUAAAAGAUCUCUAUUUAGACCAGACUGCCUUAGAACAAUUGCCUUUUACCAUUGGAAAUAUGGUUGGGCUUCAACGUUUGUUCUUGAGGGGAUGCCAAGGGAUGAUUCGGCUACCAAGCUACAUAUUGCCCAAAUUUGAGAUAAUAACAUCUUAUGGUUGUAGAGGAUUUCAAUCAUCUGAAGAUAAAGAAAAUGUGAGUCCAAAAGUGUUUGCAAAUGCUAUAUGUGUUUAUAAUGAUUAUGGACAGUCCUACCUUAAUUUGUUUGCUCGUUAUAUAACCUCCAACAAUAUAAUAGAAAUAUGUAGUCCUCGGUGCGAAUCUGAAUUCCUUGCGUUCGAUCCUUCAUCUGGGAGAAUGAGUUGGGAUAAGCUUAUUUGUAAUAAAUCAUCAUUGCGUUUUUGGUUCAGAAAAAAAUUCCCCAUUAUAGCUCUAUCUUGUAAUGUAGAACCUGAAAAGCAUUUGGACAACAUGGUAUUGGAUUUCAAGUUGACUGUAGUCAUCAAUGGCACUAAGCACCUCACUUCUUCAUGUAUAUACAUAUUUUAUACACAAAAAACGACGGACCAAAUGCUUUGUUGUGAUCUACAAUGCAAAGCAGAUGGUGUAUUUUCAGAGAAUGGGUGGAAUCAUGUGGAGAUUUUAUGUGAAAUGGAACAUCUCAUGCCAUGUGAUUCUACUAGGUCCGUGGCCUAUCAGUACUGGACAACUAAGAAUAUUCUAAAGGGGUCUUUCAUAUAUGUCUACUCAGAUAACAAAGAGGAUGAUUACAGCUUAAUUAGCAAUCCUGAUUUUCCUCUGUCAACUGAACAGAAAUUUCAAGAGGAUUACUUUCUCCUAAUGAAGCAGGUGCUGAUAGAAUCCGGCACUAGAAGAGAUGCAGUACCAGAUCUCGUCCCUAGGGAGACUAAAGCUUGAAAGACUUACUGUGCCACCUUUAUCUUUGGAUGCCUUUCUCUCUCUCUCUCUCUCUCUCUCUCUCUCUCUCUUCUCCAAAAUUAUGUAUUUCAAUUCAAGUGAUUUUUGUUAAGAUGAUUCCAAAAAAAAAAUUCAAGUGAUUUAUGUUGCUCCUCUCUUAUAUACUUGUUAAGAUGCUAAACUGAAAGCUUUGAAGAAGCUUGAGUUGUGACUUGUUCAGCAAGUUACAGUGUUAGUUUGAUUUUCUGUUAAUUCCCACCAAUGUAACAGCUUGUAACUGCCUUUGUUUUUCGGUCAAAAAACAAACUGCCUUAGUUUUAGCUACUGUGUUUGCUUGUUUAGCUAGCGUAUGAUGCGGACUUCUGCCUGUAUAAGUAGCUUGAUUUAACAGAUUUCAUUUCUUAAGUAAACAAUAAUGAGUUCACUCUAUCAUAUUUCUCUUUACUAAGCUUUACUUUAAUAA